AUGAUUAUGUGCAAGGAUCAUGUGCAUUCUCUGGUAUUGGACUCGACGCCGAUAAAAUCAACCCACCAUCACAUCACCAAGACUACCCAUCCUCCUUCCAUCGCCUACACACCAGUAACCUCUAUCCAAAGCAGCCACAACAUGAUUAGCCUCAGCAAUCCACCACAUUCCGAGAAUCCCGCCAGCCAAGUCCAAGUGCAAAAGCUUGAAUACUGCACAAACUCUAUUCUCCGCCAUCUCGCCAAGAUCUUGGUUCCAUCCGGCCAAGCUGUACCAAGAAUUGUGGAUGCAAGGAGCCAAGCAUUGGCAUGGGAGUGA